AUGUCGUCAGGAAACUUCACAUUCAUCAUCGACCCAGUACGGGCCGCCGAAAACAACGCCACCGCUUUUACCGCAGCUGUUUGCGUCUUUUGGAGUCUGGCGUUUGUUACGGCGGUGGUUCGGUUCUAUACCCGCGCCUUCUUGUCGCGUUCCUUCGGCAAGGAUGAUGUCUUUAUGGUCUUGGCCGUGCUAUGCGGGAUAGGGGGCCUCGCCUCGUGGAUUAUUGCGUGUCGAAACGGCUACGGAAGACACAUCGACACCAUACGACCAAAAGAGUUCCUCACCCUACUCGAAGCCCAGUUCUUCCAAUCCGUCGUUGAGGCUUGCUUUGCCUACGGGUUCCUCAAGAUAUCAAUUGCCUUGUCGCUGCUCCGUUUGAGCAGGGGAAGCUGGUACAACAGGAUCUUGUGGGCUCUGAUCGCCUUUACUUGCUUCUACACCCUCUUCUCCUUUAUCACAUUCCUGACCUACUGCAAGCCCAUCGCAGGGCAGUGGAACCCGUCACUUCGACCAAAGUGUUACAGCAGGGUGAUCUACCGGAAUUUCGGCCUGUUCAAUGCCGCAUGCAACAUCGUGACCGAUAUCUGUUUCGCCACGCUGCCUAUACCCCUGAUCUGGAGUUUGCAACUCCAGAGGCGUGUGAGGAUAUACCUGAUCGCUAUUCUUAGUGGGGGAUAUUGUGCGGUAGGGUUGGGAAUAGCAAGAGCAAUCUUCAUCAUUGCAUACGUCUACGAAACCGAUGGAACCUUUCUUCCAUGGGCUCCAUUCUUUGGAUCGGUUCAACUCGACAUCGGCAUUAUCGCCGCGUGCGCUCCGACCCUCCGCCCUCUUCUCGGCCGCGCCCUCAGGCUAUCCACAACCCUCGACCCCUACCGAGGAGCAAACUACUAUCGAGCGGGUAAAGCUCUCGACCGACUUCCCGUCACUGGGAACUCAGCACGGAGAUACCUACGGCAGACGACUGUCUCGGGGCAGUUCGAACUGGUCAAGGGACAGAAACACUGGUCUGCGGCAGCUCAUAAAGACUCGGGUUUCUCAACUACCGCCAUCCAUGCCGAACACGCAGAGGUCAAAGGGGAAGCCAGCGGAGAGAGUAUCGAGGACGCCAUAUUGCCGCUGAAUGAUCCCGAGUUUAAAGGAAUCAUCAAGACAACGGAGGUCACAAUCGAGAAGUGA